GUUAUGGCCUCAGAGAACUUAUUGAAUGGAGGUCAGAGUUUUCAUGGUGAAAAAUCUGAGUUUAAUCUUCUGAGCAGCCACGGUGAGAACCAUGAAAGCAGCCGGCCAUCAACUCAGACCAGGCCGAUGAGAGAUGACAGAAGGGGAUACAUAGCACGAGCACUCUCAAGGGACUCUGGAGUUAGCUCCAUAGAGCAUUACCUGGUACCGGACAGCAAUGAAAUGUGGAGCAGCUAUGGACCAGAGGAUUCUACUGAAGAAUCCGUGGACACAAGUACAUUUUCUGAGGAAGAGCUUCUUGAUAUAACAUUUGAGGCAUGCAAUACCACUGGCACAGGAGAGGUUCUGGCCUCCACGAUCAUGCAGUACCUGCAGACUAUGACUAGCCAGAGCCCAGAACAGGACAGGCUGAAUGCUUUGAAUUGUAUGCUGGACCCUGAGUGCCGGGACCCCGCUAUUAGCAGGGCCAAAUUCCAAUCCACCAUGAGGGAGUGGAUUGCCCAGUGCAGCCAGGAUGGCAUGCAUGAGGACGACAAACAUAUUUCAGGGGAAAACUCUUGUAAAGUGUCUAUAAAUGGUCCUGAAACUGCCUUCUCAGAGAGAGAACAGUGUUAUUGUGACUCCAGGGAGCUGUUGGCCACUGUGUCUGAGCUGAAGCAUGCGCACAGUAGAAUGAGUAAGCAGAACAACAGCCUGUUGAGGACUGUAUCUCAGGGUGAGGACACCAACCUGCAGCUCACAGUGGAGAUCACUGAACUUAGUGCCAAGCUGGCCAGUGCCCAGCGGUCAGCAAGGAGAACCUGGUCCCUUGUGGAGGAGCUUGAAGAUGCCAGGAGAUCCCUGAUGGAGGCACAGGAGAGAGCCAGCCAAGCCCAGGCUAGCAGCUGCAAACUGAGCAAAGAAUGUGACUGUCUGAAAGCACACAUUAAAGUGCUUGAAGACAAGAAUGAACAACUCACACUCGAGGGGACUUGUUCUGAAGAUUGUCUCAACAAAUUGAGAAAGGUUAAUGCUGAGAUGAGGGAGGAACUUGAAGAAACCCUUGUCAUGCUGGCUGUAAGAGACAGGGAACUCACUAAAAAAGACAUACUGAUGGAUAAGCUGAAGAACUCUCAUCUGGAGAACCACAGAAUCAUUGAGGGGCUACAGUCAGAGUUUAUGCAUUUAUCAGAGCAUUCCCAGCAAGCUCUUUUGAGGUUUGACAGGCACUGUGGCAGUCCAACAGGUUUCCAGGGAAGGAGUGGAGGGGUUCCUAACCACCGCUCUCUGCAUGCUGAGAUCCAGGACAUUCAGCAGCGUGGGGUUCUGGAGGAGAUGACUGGUACAAUAUGUGGGGUUUGGUCCUCUCACACUCAGAGGGAAGAUAUCCAAAACAUAAUUCACAGGAUCAAGUCUGCUGAGCUGGCCCACCUUCUCCACGCACACUACCCAGAGAGGGAUUCUGUUGGCGGUUGUGCUGUUGAGACCCUGGAGAGGCCAUAUCCCCACAGCCAACAGCCACAGCCGAGCAUCAAGCAGCAGCUGGUUAAUGUACUGAAGGAACUGGAGCAGCAGACGACUCUGUGGGAGGAGAGAGAGGAGAAGGUGGCGGAACAACGGAGGCUACAGGAGCAGCAGGAGCAGAGGCAGAAGCCACAGGCCAAGAGGGCAGCUGUGGUGAACUGGUGGAGAACCCUUAAGGUGGAGGGGGGUAGGACCAAGGUCAAGCCGGAAGACACUCUGACCCAGCCCAGCAAGGCCCUCACUGACACAGAUUCCAAGCUCCAACAGGCAAAGCACACCAUCACAAAGAUUAGGGAGCAGGUAUGCCACCUUGAGUCGGCUCUGAGAACUGCCCAAGAGGAUGUAGCUGAGCACAAAAACAUUCAGGACAGGGUGGGUGUUCUUCACAAAGACAAGGAGACCAACACGGUGAGAGAGGGACCUGGCUGGACUGGGGUGGAGGCAUCAAAGGAGUGUAAGGACGUGGCUGUGGCUACAGACCAUGUGGAGGACCCAGGUAGAUCAGAGAAGGUAGCAGCCCAGCUUGUGACCUCAGAGGGUCUGCUGGUGACCCUCAGGAGGAUGGAGGCCAUGGUCAGCAGUGCCCUGGAGGCAGCUGAGCUGGUCAGGGAGAGUCAGCGAAGAGUCAGCCAGGUCAAGGAGAGGAUGGAGAGUAUCACUCAGAAGAUGGAGGAAGCUCUGACCAGAGCAGCGUACACAGAAGGUCAGCUCAGUGCCCUGGAGGCCAGAGUCACAGCCAAACCUCAGUUGCCAGGUCUUAUAGGGCAGACAGCCCAGCCUGGUGUUGAAGCUAUAGGCAGAGAUAGACCCAGGAAUCCCUCUCCACCAGAGCCUAUGACCGAAAGCUACAGCAAGUCUAGAUGGCCCCUUAUAAGCGGUGCCAUUUAUUCACAAACUGGAGGAGGCAACAACAGUGGCAGAAAGAGCUGUGACGAUUCAGAGGCACCCUGCACUGAUGACAACAAAACAAGCCAAGCCAAAUGUCCUGACUUUGUCCCAGACCAAAAGUACAACAGUACCAGCAGUAAUGAUCCUGCACCUGCAUUUUUAGGUUCCAUCCCAGUGUCAGAGACACAAACACCCCCAGUGUCCCCAUCACAAGUCUUCCUCCAGUACGAGUGUGCCCCUUCACUUACCGUCCCAACGGAUACACCCCCCCAGUCUGCCUGUUGCAGUCACGCUGCCGCUCACACUGAGGAGAAUGUAGCAGGUCUCAGAUCGGAGGAUCCUAGUUGCCGUGACUACUGUCAGUCAGAGGCCCGCGACUGUGGGAGUGGCCAAGCAUUGCCACCUGGAGACUGUGGGAGUGGCCAAGCAUUGCCGCCUGGAGACUGUGGGAGGAGUCAGCCAUCAAACCCAGAAGACAGUGCUGGUAGUAAAGCCUCUGAACCAGAAGAUAGUGGGAGGAGCAAUGCAUUACAACCAACAGAUAUUGGGUGUGAUCUAGAGCAUUGUGGGAGUUUCCAUUCUCGAGCUCUACUGACUGUUUUAAUAACAGGCUCAGAUAAGGAAGGAGGGGGCCACGAGUUGUACUGCUUUCCCUGGGUUCAGACUGAACAGCAGUUAGAGGAAUCCCCUACCCAACCCACUCCAGCUGAGAGCCCCUUUUUCUUCCCCCUGACACGACCCCGAGCCCCACAGCCCCCCGUUAUGCCCGUCCUCCCGGAAGAAGAGGAGGAUUCCCCUGAGGAGCUCGACAGUUCCUCCAGCUCACCCAGCACAUAUACACCAGUUGAAAGUAGAGCAGUUACCGUGGCGAUGCCUGCUCCCACUAUUGUCUUCCCAAAGCAAGCUACCGUGACCGUGGUCCAAGCAGACGGUCGCCCUCUGGAACAGACCAGACCACACAGUCCCAGAUCUCGCUUGUCCCGAAACUCCCUGGGAGGACCAAUCACUACUGUCGACAGUACAGGCAAUGUGAUAGACCUGGUGAAAGACCAUCUGCCUGAGCUGCAGCUCUCAGAGGAGGACCGUCAGAAGAACCUGGUGCUGCUGCAGGAGGCCAAGAAAGUCAGCGACCGCUUCCUUAGCCGCAGGGGCCGAAAGUCCACCUGCAGCCUCUCUGAAUCCCCCACAGGUCUUUCUCCUAACCACACACCAUCCUCCUCACCUGUACCGUCCAGAAGCAGCUCUCUUAUCACAGCCCCUCAAAUAGCUGUAGCCACAGAGGUGAACUAUUCCCCCUCAUCCCCUGUCAGCCUGCGAUUGGAGGUUCUGUCUACGAGGGAGCAGGCUGACACCAGUACACCAGAGCAUGAGAGCACCAGGAGGUUGGUGGACUGGAAGCCCAAUGAGAAGCGUAAGGUGUCCUCAGGCACCCUGGCUCCCCGCUACUCUGGCCCCCCACCCCCCAGGGAGCCCAAUGGGGGCCAGAAGGAGAACUGUGACCCCCGGGUAACAGCUAAGAAUUGCCCAGAACCAGUACUAGUCAAUAAGUCAGAGGAGGGUCUGGUUCGAGCCCCCAACCAGGCCCCUGCCACUGGGGUGGCCAAGCCUGUCCCUCGGCCCCCCACUCAACAGGCCCCCUGCACGGCAGAGAUCAAGACAAUCGGGGCCUUUCCUCCCCUCAUGAGAGCUGUGUCCUGGGACACUGUUGGAACCCUCAACGCCAGGAAUGGUGCACCAAGUCUCCCCCCUACAAACGAGGAAACCUUCUCCUUUCAAGACAAGACUCGGGAUGCCCUACUCAAGUCCUCUGGGUACAAGGACUUCCCUGUACAGCCUGUCAAUGUGCAGAAGCUGUCCAAAAUAAGAGAGGAGCACAAGCUGAUGCGGAACCAAAGCAUUGUGGGGUCAAAGUUGGCAGACUUGAGUGAAACAGCUGAACAGGAAAGAGGGUCUCCUACUGAUGAGGAGGCUAAAGAGAAGUCAGACGCCAUGCCCAACAUCUCAGACAUCAUGCUGAGGAAACUCAAACUGCACAGAGGGCUACCAGGCUGUGCACCUCCACUCACGGAAAAAGAAGUUGAGAACGCGUUUGUUCAACUGUCGCUGGCGUUCCGGAACGACAACUACACUCUGGAGACACGGCUCAAACAGGCGGAGCGGGAGCGGACCCUGACCGAGGAGAACACGGAGAAGGAACUGGAAGAAUUCAAAGGCUCUCUGAAGUGCACGGCACCACAGUGGAGUAACAUGGAGCAGCGGGAUUCUUACCAGUGCCUCAUAGAGACAGUAGCAGUACUGCACCGUCUGGCCACCAGGCUCUCCAGCAGAGCUGAGAUGGUUGGAGCAGUCAGACAGGAGAAACGUAUGAACAAGGCCACAGAGGUGAUGAUGCAGUACGUGGAGAAUCUGAAGAGGACCUAUGAGAAGGACCACGCUGAGCUGAUGGAGUUCAAGAAGCUGGCCAACCAGAACUCCAGUCGCUGCUAUGGAGGAUCCAUAGACACUGGAGAUGAUGGAGUCCCACGGCCAUCCAGAUCAAUGUCGCUGACCCUGGGAAAGGCUUUGCCCAGACGGAGGGUCAGUGUUGCGGUAGUCCCCAAAUUUAACCUCCUGAACAUCCCUGGUCAGACCCCGGUCAUGGCAGGACCCGGCCCCAGCGUUACCAUGGGACCCGGCCCCCAACCCACCAUGGGCCAAGCACUUCCUGUCCUGUGUGAAGCCAACAGUGUGAAAAGCAACUUUCCCACUGAGCCUACACAUCCAGCUAUAGAUGAGAGUGGAAAGAGUGUAGCAGAGCAGGAAGCUGAGCCAUCUGCCCCAGCCAAGCCCUCCGUCAACCUAGAGGAGAUCAGAUCAGAGAUCAGAUCAGAGAUCAGAUCAGAGAUCAGAUCAGAGAUCAGAUCAGAGAUCAGAUCAGAGAUCAAGGCAAAGAUCGAGGAGGAGGCCUACAAAAAAGGCUACCAAGAGGGACUGAAGAGAAGCAAAGAAAUCAAAGAGGUGGAGGAAGAGGAGGAGAAAGUAGAGGAAAAGCCAGAAAAGAAGGAUGAAGGAAAAGGAAAAGAAAUCAUCAGAAAAGAAAAGUUCAGCAGUAAGGUUGAAGAGGUUCUAGUUGUCCUUGACCGGCUUUGCCCCAAGAUUUUCCGCGGUAACCGACUUCUCUGGAUUGUUUUGACGUUGUUCCUGGUCACGUUUCUGGUCGUCAAUGUUUUCACAUACUUUAGUGAUCGCUAUAACAACCAUGGGGACAUGUCGGCAGAAAAAGCCAUGGUCCAGGGCAAGAAGAAGAUCUUUGAACUGAAUGUAGGAGUACAGCCAAAGAAUCCCACUCCAGAAUAACAAAGAGCCUGUCUCAUACUUCUCUCAGUCCACAGACAAUUCUUUCCAUGAUACAUUACCAUACAAGAGCUGAACUUGAAUAUAGGGUUUUGAAGGGUUUGGCGAUGUAUCUUUGGGAGCGUUUAUUGAGUUUUUUUUAUUGGUUUCAGAGGACAAGCCUUCUAAUGAUCAUACAUUUUAUCAAGGCAUAUUUAUGUCGUGUUAGGAAAGCUGCCCAAGUGUUUGUGAUGGUGAUAUAUGAUUGUUGCUUUGGGGGCCAAGUAUAAUAGUGUGAUGAAAUAUUUUCUUAUGUACAGUGAGAUCCAGGACUUUGGAUUUUAAAUGAUACAAUGACUAUGAGGUUAAAAUGCAGACUGUCAGCUUUAAUAUGAGGGCAUUUUCAUCCAUACCAGGUGAACUGUUUAGAAAUUACAACACUUUUUGUACACAGUCCCCCCAUUUCAGGGAGCCAGAAGGUUUUGGACAAAUUCACUUAUAUGCGUAUUAUAGAAGUCCAAAGUGUAGUAUUUGGCGUAUGACACUACUAAUCUGUUGGAUGCAUUCACAGUUUGUUUCGGUUGUGUUUCAGAUUAUUUUGUGCCCAAUAGAAAUUAAUGGUAAAUAAUGUAUUGUGUCAUUUUGAUGUUAUAAAUAAGAAUAUAAUAUUAUAAUAUUAAUAUAGUAACUCUUCUACUUUAAUGUGGAUGUUACCAUGAUUGCGGAUAAUCCUGAAUGACACAGUGAACAGAAUGAUCAGGGAGGAUUAGCAUUUUGGGGGGUAUGAUAUUUACACCUCAGUAACUUUCACACUCAUCAUUAUUCACGAUUCAUUCAUAAUUUUCCGUAAUCAUGGUAGCAUCCACAUUCAUUUAAAAGUGUUUAGAACCAUGUUCUAUUAUUUACAAUAAAAUUGACUCCAAAAUACACUACAUUAUUUACCAUGCAUUUCUAUUAGGCACAAAAUAAUCUGACACAAACUGAAAAUGCAUUCAACAAGUUUGUAUUCACGAGCUUGAUGUAGUCAUUGCUUGCUAUGAAUAUGGGACCAAAUACUAAACUUUUGACUACUUGUUACACAUAGAAGUGAAUUUGUCAAAAUAGUUUUGGUUCCCUAAAAUGGGGGGACUAUGUACAAAACAGUGCUGUCAUUUUGAAUGGAUGAAAUAUGGAUGAAAAUACCCUCAAACCAAAGCUGACAGUUUGCACUUCAUAAUCAUUGUAUCAUUUCAAAUCCAAAGUGCUGAUGUACAGAGACCCCCAAAUAUAUAUAUAUUUGUCAUUGUCCAAAUACUUUUGGACCUCACUGUAUGUAUUCACAAUGUAUUGUUCUUAUUCCUGGUCCUACUCUGAAUGUCAUCCUGGAGGACUGAAUGUGGCCCCAUGGGCGAAAAUGGAAGAUUCCUGAUGAGUUCCCUAAGACAAAUGUCACAGUAGACAUUAAACUAAUGUACAUUCAUCUACCACUCUGUUAUUUUAUGUUCAUUCUCUCAGGUAUAGUAAGAGGACAUCCCCUGAAGAGAUUUACAGAGAUAUUUAAAGACAUAGAUAUGUUUUUUUGUUUAUGUUUUUAUAUCUAUAUUUGUGGUAUUUAAGCAGAUACUUUUUGGAAAAUCUAUAAUAUAAACACAUUCCAAAGUAGUUCCUCAAGUGCAAUAUUUAGCAGCUGAUGGUUCUUGUUUGUUUGUGUUGUUACUGUGUUGGUUUGCGUCCUCCGAGCUUUGAAAGAUUUCCUUUUAAUGUACGAGAGCACUUUUAGACAGCAUGAGAAAUCUUCUUCCCGCAUGCGUGCCAGGGUUUUCUGUUGUGUCAUUUUCGCCUUGAAAUAAAGGUGCCUUAAAACUCGCAGCAUUCAUUUCCAUAGUGAAUAAAGUAUGUCAGACAGACAGGUGCAGUUUCCAUGAAGCAAACAGGUGUGUUGGCAGAGUUCUCAUGCUAACCUCCCAAAUCAGUCGUUUCCUUGGAGGAAUGAGUGACACAGUAAUUGUAUUUUUCAGCACAGCGCUUGUUCUCUUCCUCCCUGCACUUAUGAAAAUGAAAGAUCUUUUGAACCUUUCAUAUCUCUCAGGAAACCACGUAUGUAAUCUACUUGGUUCCAUUAAGCUGUAGCUGCAGUGUGUCAAGGCGGCUUGAGUGAUUCUCUCUAUUUUAAUAUUAAAUUAAUGUAACAAAAUAAAAUAUAAAUGUUCUCUUUAGAUGUCAAUUUUUUGGGGAUGUUUAAAUGUCACUGACUCUUCUCAUACAGCAAACAACUACUUUUACUUAUUUUUCAGUUCUGCCUGCGUCAUUUCCUACUGUACUAGGUUGAGGUGAGGUGUUUGCUGGAAGUGGGAUUUCGCUGUGGGUCAGAGUCACAUCAGAGGAUGCCAGGGAUCAUGAGCUUGUUAAUGACUGAGCAAUGGGCAGAGGGAGGAAAUCAUUGUCUGAGGUGCCAAAGCCAAUAAAAAUAAACAAUUUGCCCAACAUCUAUCUGUGCCAAACACUCCUCCUCUACUCUCUUGAAAGAAUACAACUUAAGGACUAGCUUGUUUGAUUUUCGCUUAUUCUGUAUUCAUAUGUUUUUUUUUGUCAGUCUCCCAAUUUGACGUGCCUAUCUAUUAAAACAAAUUUCCCUCAUGUUCAAUGUUUUGAUGUUAGUAGUUCACAUGAUCAUCUCAGAAAUGUUUUCCUGAAAUUGGUAAAGGAGUUCUGAAAUCAGUUUGGAAGGAAUCCUCCAUACGUCUUUUCAAGCAUAAUGCGUUAUUACAGACUAUUAUGAGUAAGAGAUGUUCAUCUUAUUCUCAGUUAAUGAACUACUUCAGCAGUUUAUGCCACACUUCCGAAGCUUCUUCCCCAUGUUAUGUUAACGUCUUGCUACAUUUAUCUUGUUCUUGGACCUGGUUGGAUCCUAAAGUGCCCAUACUGAAUGGCCUGUACAAUGUAUUUCCUGCUUCCCGUUCCUGGUGGUUCCGUGGCCUUGUCACCACCUCGUCUGACUGGUCAUUUAUGCAACAGCCUUGUUUACUUCAUGAACCCACCCUUCUGAGCUGAAGAGAAUCACCUCUCACUAACCUCUUCAUUUUGGCUCACAGACACACAGUGGAACACUUGUCACCCCAGUAGCUCCCAGUCCUGUGUCUCUGACCAUUGGUAACCAUGAUGCAGGUUUGGAUACUCUCACUACUGCUGCCUCUCAUACUGUCAUUCUCUGGUCUACAUGUUGAUCCUAGCAAAAUUCAUGCUUUCCCAGAGAGACACAUAGCCGGGGUGUUUCUGGUCAGCUACACAAAUGACCUCAACCAGUUUGCCUAUGCCUUUAAUGCCUCUGAGGCCAGGGAGGUGUGCUGGUCUCUGGGUGUAACCAUGGCCUCCAAUUCCCAGGUUGAGGAGGCUCAGAGACUGGGCUUAGAAACAUGCAGGUUUGGGUGGAUUGAUGAACAUUUUGCAGUGAUACCUCGUAUUGAGGCCAGUAAAACCUGUGGUCAAAACCAGACCGGUAUCAUCAAAUGGAGAGCCUCUGUCACCAAACUUUUUGAUGUGUUCUGCUUCAAUGCUUCAGGUACAGUAAAGGAUUUUUUUUAAAUCUUAAUUUCCAUGCAGUCAAUGGAUCAAAGAUAAAGUAGAGAAAUAUUAUGGUAUGGUGAUUCAUGGAUACAUAAUCUAAUUGCUCUGUGCCUUUUUGUUGACCCUAAACUCUGAGGUAAUUGGAAUUUUUCCAGAAAGUCAAAUCAUGUACUUUCAUUUCCUUUCCGAAACUAACAAUUGUAUGAACGUGAGAGGAAAAGGGAACAUUUGAGCGUGAAAAACAUCCUACAUUAACUUCCUGAACUGUCCCUUGGGUGGUUUGACCAAGUUUUAGGAAUUGAGUGAAAUGAAAAUAUUUGGCAAACAGCCACUGUGACGUCAAUGCUGGAUAACAAUUUAUUCAUUUAAUUGAAUGUGAAUAAAAUUGCUAACCACAUCCUUCUCCUUCAGGAGCGGCCUCACCCCCCUCUACCUCCCUCUCUCCAGCCAUCAUUCAUCUUGUCCCUUCCACACAGUCCGCACGGCCCACCUCUCAUUCUCGCUCCUCCCUUCUCUCUCUCAGUAGUUUUUCUGAUAACCCAGAGGAGGUAGAGGUAGAACUACCCCAGUCCAUGAGCAGUGCAAAGUCUUCAAUUGGAGGUUUGAGACAUUAACUACCAACAUUGCUGUUGUCCAUCAAACCACUCCUAUGUUCUGUCAUCAUUACCAUUGGGAGUGAAAGUGACAAGGCUCAUUUUGUAUGAGUAAAGUCUUCCCUCUCCUGUGCUCUGUUGUUUUAGCGGUGCCAAAAGCAUUACUUAUCACCUCGGCCGUUGUUCUUCUUCUGACUGCAAUGGCCGUUCUCUUGUACUUUAGAACGAUCAAUGGCCUCAAGACUAUUCUCCUCUGCUGGGAUGGGGAGCAGCAGAACGAGUACAUUGAGACAGAGGAGUGUGCAGCACACACCUGUAUGAAGGACACAAAGGAAGCCCAGACUAAGGGAGAAGCUAAGGCUGAGCCUAAGGAGGAUGUGUGCAAAGAGACCGCCAGUGACAUCAGUGUGAACAUCAGUGAUGAGACCAACACUGAUUCAGCAUCAGAGACAAAACCUUGAUGCUUUAGAUUUGGUAAGACCAAAGAUAAGGUCAGGCUGCUUUUUUAAAGUUAUGUUCCUGCUUAUGGAAGUUUAGUAGUUUGUAUAAAGUGUGCAUUGAUGUUAUUCAAAUGCAUUUAUUUAUAGCAUGGGAUGCCUUUACAAUUUUGCUUUAAAAAGUGACUUGGUGUCGUUCAUAUUCAAAAUAGAUUGUUCUAGAGAUCAUCCUAUAUUUUAACCACUAGAUGGCGAUGUCAUCAAGGCAAUUAUCGCUGCAGCUUGGAUGAGUUGAGUAGCUGAAUUGAAAAUGGGUUCAUAUUUUCUGCUAUACAGAUUAAUUUGAUGACUUCAGAUAAAGUUAGUCAGUAUGCCAUGGCCAUUGCAUGGUAAAUCAUGUGUUUUAACUAAUGCCAAUCUUGAACUGAUGCAAUAAAUUCAAACCUUUUGUUUCCCUGCCUUGCAGUUACUUCUUAGCCUUUUUAGAAAUGUGUCAGGUUACUGCCAUGAUAAGUCGUAGUGUUCGUGUUCUAAUAAACAAUGUAUUCCAUCA